CCGCCCGGUGGCAGCCGUGACACUUCCUGCAAAAACAGCGAGAGGGAGACUCUUAAGUUGUCCGUUGGAGCUGUGAACAGUGUGUGGCGUUGAAUGGGACCAAAGCUAUGUGAAUACCAGUAUUAUUGCUAUUAAUAGCUAUCAGGUAUGAACAGGAAACGGGCUCUGAUUUCAGACACUUUCAAGGUGAAGAAAAGAAGAAACGGCACAGAGAAUUUUGGAGCCGUCAGUGUCGGAGAUGGGCCAACUGACAUCAGAUCCACACUGGAGUACCUCAUGACACUGUUCCCCAGAAAGCUCUUCAAUGACACCUUGCCACAAAUUGUGCUCAAGCACCAACUCUACAGCAUACACAAUGACAAGACCUUGGUGGAUAAGGAAGUGAAUAAACUACGAGAACAAGCAGAGCUGCUGAUGUUCCAGCUGGGGUUUGACGCAGAAGCUUUCGGGCUGGUCUUCGCAUCGGACUACAGAGCCAAAGUGCUGGCGGGAGAAGAGGGCAAAGUGACACGAGCGACAGUGGAGAAGUUCUUGGAGAAAGUGUUGACCCCCUCUUGCACAGAUCUGAGCUUCAGCAAAGACCGAAUGCUCCAGGAGUUCCUCUUCACAGACUCGGAGAUAACGCAGCUCGUGAAGUCAGGGGUUCUGACUGUGAGGGACGCGGGCAGCUGGUGGCUCUCCAUUCCCAACUCUGGCAAAUUCACUAAGUACUUUAUACAGGGUCGUAAAGCUGUGCUCGGCAUGGUGAAGAAGUCCAAAUAUAGCGAAGUCUUAAAGGCAGAGCUGGAGGAGCGACGAACAACCACACAAGUCAAAUUCCACAUGAAAUACCACAUCCAUGACAUUGUUGGCGCAGAGCUGGUAGAGAGCAUACCUACAACUUCUGGGACAUUGUUACGAUUUGUUGAUUCCUGAUGCACCGCAACAACACAGACAUCAGUGUUUGGUUGAGGUCAGUGAGUGACUGAAGAUAUUUAAGUUGAACAAAGCUUGUGAAAAGUGUUCAUAUAAGGACUGCAGGUGAAUUCAUUUAAGGUUUCAGAUUUAGAUUCUGUGCCAAAUGUAAUAUAAAACCUUGUGGGUUUAUAAACUGUCAAUUUAUGUUGACAUGACCGUGUCAAGUUUUGAUUUAUCUUCAAAUUAAAUGAUUUGAAAUGCU